AACGCUCAAGCCAGACGAGAAGCACUAGCGACAACAACCAGAGCAGAGACUUGGACAUUACGCACUGCCUACUACUGCAGCAGCCGGAGCAGAUCCAGACGGACUCCAUACACUUUAUUCCAGCCGCAGAGAGGAAAAAAGUUUGGAGAAAUGCAGUCAGUCUACCAGCACCUGAUCAGCCUGCUGUUUGUCUUCAGCAGCCUGCAGGUUAACCAGCUGACUGAGGGCUGCUCGUGCGCUCUGACGCACCCGCAAGACGCCUUCUGCAACUCCGACAUAGUGAUUCGAGCUAAAGUGGUGGGCAAGAAGCUCCUGAGAGAUGGACCUUUUGGAACAAUGCGCUACACGGUCAAGCAAAUGAAGAUGUACAAAGGAUUUGAAAAAGUCCAGCAUGUGCAGCACAUUUACACAGACGCCUCAGAGAGUUUGUGCGGUGUUAAGUUUGACAUCAACAAGUACCAGUACCUGAUCACAGGCCGAGUGUACGAUGACAAGGUCUACACAGGGCUGUGCAACUUCAACGAGCGGUGGGAGCGCCUCUCAUUAUCCCAGAAGAAAGGCAUCAACCAUCGCUACCAGCUGGGAUGCAACUGCAGGAUUAAGCCCUGCAACUACCUGCCCUGCUUUGUGACCUCAAAGAACGAGUGCCUAUGGACGGACAUGCUGUCCCACUUCGGCUAUCCCGGCUACCAGUCCCGGCACUACGCCUGCAUCCAGCAGAAGGAGGGCUACUGCAGCUGGUACCGGGGCAUGACCACCCGCGACAAAACCACCAUCAACGCCACCGACCCCUGAACACACCAAUCCUACCCGAAAUCCACUGCCACCUCCCUGACUCCGUCCCGUCCCGAUCACUUCUAGAGUAUUACAGGACUCUUAAAGCUCACUGGCCUGGGUGACAGCUUCUUUUAAAGGGGCAUAAAAAGAUCAAAUCCAUUAUAGUGCCUGUUUCGUAGCACUUCUAAUAGAAAACAAUACCUUUUUUGUUGUGCUGAUCACCCUGGUGAACUCUAUUAUCAUUUUCCCAAACCCCAUUUCAAACAGUCCUUGCACCAGACUGUCCAAUUAGGGUUCAGUGGUGUUAAAAGGUGACAAAGACAGACAGUAAAAAUGCCAAUAAGAAGUGUAAGACUUCAGUAGGCCUCUAUUGGAUCUUCAGAGAUGAGGAAGUAAUCUCAAAUCAUUGGUGUUAAUUAGUGACCUGCAGUCAGCCUACUGCUAACCUAGUAUUAUGGUUAUUUUAUGCAUUGAAGCAGUUUAUCUUUGAAGAGCAAGGACUCUCAAAACUCAAGGUCAUGAAGUAUCACAUGAAGUUCAAUCCUAGAUUGAUAUACAGCCAAUGAUUACUAUGUAAAUUUGAGAUGUAAAGCGGUUACAUUGUUGCUACUGAACUGCUCUUGCUAGCAUGAGACUCGUGCAGUUGUGCACAUCAGCAAUACAGAGCAGAGACAAGAAUUUUUUCAACACUACAGAUCGAGUGAUAAUGUGAGGUAUGAUCUCUAAAAGUUAUACCUCUUAUUUUGGCUCCAAAAGACUUUGAAAAUGGUAUUGUUUUACAGUGAAGUAUACAUGAUUACGUUCAGUUUUUACUGUAACAUGUGUCUUUAUGGAUAGUGGUAUCUCUGCUUACCUGAAUGUUUGCAAUGUAACUCAUUUUGCAGUUAUAUCACAAACAACACCCUUUCUGUUCAGCACUGAUGAAUAUCAGAGAAAUGCUAAAAAAUGUCUGUCUGUUACAGUGCCAACGCAUGGAAGAGCUCACUUCUUGCAGAGAUGAUGAUAUCUUAUUUUUUGCUGUAUAUAACAUAAGCUACAGAAAUGAACUAUCAACUCAGCUGAAACCUCUGUAAUACAUUUAUUUAUAUGUUUAUGGGAUUACAUUGUAACCAUAAGGUAAAACUGCAAAAAUAUAUAAAAACAGGUCAGACUACAUUGUGACAACCAUCACAGCCUGUGGAAUUGUCCAGAGUGAAAGACCAGCAUCUCCAGUGGUAUGGUACUUAUGGUACUUUGUUUUGGUUAGCUUGAUCAUACUUCCCCUGACUGGUACCAAUCCAAUGAAAGUCAAGUAUAAACAGAGGUUUCAGACAUAUUUUGUAAGUGUAUAUUCAAUCUUUUUGUAUUUAACUAUUUCAAAUGGACAUUAUAUAUAUAAAUAUAUACAUAUAGACAAUAUUGUCACUAAAUUCAUUCUUCACCUUUACCCAUGCAGGGUUUUUUCUUAUUUUUUUUCCCGGAGCCGUACCUUCAGUCCAUUCCAUUAACAGAUACAGGUUUGCCUCAAAGGGGGUAAAAGCCCCUUCAUCACUAACACUAAAAUAAUAUUGCAUCACUAAUACAGGCAGCACUGAUGACACAAACUGGGGCUUUGACCAAGCUAGUUGUUUUCAAUAGAGCAGUUUGACGUUUUGGGAAAUACACUUUUUUGUUAAACCUGCUCUUAUGUCUGUACGCUUAAUAUGAAGCUAUAGCCAGCAGCUUACAUCAAACUCAUUUCUAGCUUACAGCAUCAUAAAAACAGGAAACAGCUAAAAGUAAUAUUUGCCUACCAGCACCGCUAUCAUGUUGUCAUAUCUCCUUUGUUUAACUAACAGAAAUACCAAAGUGUAACAACAAUAAGUUUAGAUAUUCAUGGAGUUAUGUGCUGGACUAUUUCUUGGCCAGGCACAGUGAUAUUCUGGAGUCUUGCCAUUUGUAGACAGGUUUAGUCUUUAUACUAAGCUAAGCUAACCCUCUCGUGGCUGUAGCUUUAUAUUUAACAGACAGGCAUGAGAAGGGUACAGAAAUUUUCUAAAACAGCAUUUACACCCCUUCCGGAUCCUAAAACCUUCCUCUAAAGUCCGAUCAAAUCAGAGGAGGACGACAGCACUGCAACAUACAUUAUUAAGUAGCAUUGUGUUUUUAAGGGGAUAUAAGAAAAGUUAAUAAUUACUGGCCUCUAGAGGGAAAACACUUUGUGUAAAGCAAACAAGUGUAUGACAAGACUUUUUCUCCUGCUUUGGCAUAUCUGUGUCACUAUUUCUGUGGUUCAUGUUUGUGUAAAUAUACUGUCUGCUUAACACAGAAACACUUGGUCAAGUUUGAUCCUUAAAAAAAUCUAAUUGAGGAAGCUGUGUACAGUUUGUGUGUAAUCACUGAUUCCUGAAGUGUGUGUGUGGGGGGAGGGGGCUCGUAGGGGUUAUGGAAAUGUUUGACUUAAUUUCUGUGUUUUAUAUUUUUAUAAUAAAGAUUUAAUGAAAAAAUGGG